CUUACCACGCCUCCGUCACGAUGUCAGAGAACAAAAUAAACUCUCUAGUGAAAUACGACACGCCGGUCCUUGUGACGACCAAGAAAAGUGACAAAACUGACAAGGUCCCGCAGCUCAGCCUCAAGGACGGCAUCCCCACGGACAUCUCAGAAACCAGCAGCACCAGCGCCCCGGGUCUAAGUGGGCCCCUUCCCCGCGGCGGACCCCUGGGAACCACCCCCGCCCCCUCCCUGCAGCUGCCGCCCCUCCACGAGCUGAGGAAGAAGGAGACUGAGGAGAUCCUGAACUUAAUCCUGCCGCCUAGGGAAUGGGAGGAGGAAGGACAGCUCUGGGUGCAGGCCGUGUCCACCACCCCCGCCACCUCCGUCGAUGUGCAGCAGCUUCAGGAGGAGCUCGACCUUCGCCUUCAGGAGCAGUCAGCGUUCGAAACCGGCAUCUGCCCCGUCAGGAGGGAACUUUAUACCCAGUGCUUCGAUGAGCUGAUCAGGCAAGUGACAAUUAACUGCGCGGAGAGAGGCUUGCUGCUGUACCGCGUGAGAGAUGAGAUAAGGGAAACACUGGACGCCUACCAGCGGCUCUACACCUCCUCCUGUGCUUACGGAGUCAGGAAGGCUCUGAUGGGAACUACAACACAGGCGGAGGAGCACAAGGUGAAGGUGGGCGCCAGGUGUGAGGAGCUGCGGGCCCAGGUGAGAGAGCUGCAGCACCUGGCGACCUCCCUACGCCAGGAGAUAGAACAAGUAGAGAAGGAGGCGCAGCAGGCGAGGCAGGCGGAGGCAGACAAGCACGAGGAGACCAAGAGAGUGCACCAGGCUAGGAUUGAGAUACUGAAGAAAAAGCUGGAGAGUAUUAUCAAACAAGCCACUCAACCCAAGAAGUAAAGCCAUGCACUAUUCCGUACCGUAGUAAAAUAGAAAAGCACUUCGAACACAAACUAUAUAAAGAUUUCCUAUACGUACUUUAUAUCUUCCCUCCCCCCUGUUAUUCUCUCCUUUUUACUUUCUCUCAUCUUUCAUUAAUUUUUUCCUUUCUUUUGUGCACAAUCGAAUGUUCUCUUGAAUACAACCCGUUUAAAGAUUUCCUAUACAUUCCUUUUUAUCUUAUAUUCUUUCUUGUUUUGUCUCCUCUUUUAUUUUACAUUCAAUUUCUUUUUUUUCUGUUUCUCUUUUUAUUACAUUCAAUUCCUUUUUCUCACAAUCGAAUGGCCUUGGCAACGGGCAGUGUGUAGCGGCUUAGCGUGAGAGCAACGUGGUAAUGUUGACAAUCCACACGGUCACACAAGAGUCCCAGACCCAGACACCAGUGCACACCUUGAACCUGAAGAGGGAAUAACGCGUCUCUCUCUCUCUCACUCUGUGCUACCUAACUAACCUAACCUUAUCUUGACUUAACUAAACCAAAUCUAACAUAAAAUAUAAUCGAUCCUAAUUUAACUUGACCUUAACUAAGCUAGCCUAGCCUAACCAGAUAACAGUUACUCAGUUUGUCCACAAGAACGAUAUGAAUAGUGAUGAAGGACAAACAGUGCUGGAAGUGGUAACGGUACAUAGUGUUUGGUGAUGGUGAUAGUGAUGGUGACUGCGUGGUGAUGGUGAGGAAGAAAGCCAUGCCAUUCUCUGACGAGACGGAAGGUGGGACAGCGUGGGAUGGCAGCAGACUGUCAGGUGAGAGAGAGAGAGAGAGAGAGAGAGAGAGAGAGAGAGAGAGAGAGAUACUAUUCUUCUGUUUGGAACGCCUUAUUUUCAUUAGAGCUAUUUUUCAAAGGCAGGCAAGAUGAUUUAUGUCUUAAUAGGUGUUUUGCAAUUGAUGAUGAAGAAUCGUUGUUGAACUGUGACUGGAAUCACGAGAUCACCCUUGAAAACUAACAAUUUCCAGUAGGUGUUAACUAUUAUAUCACUUGGAUCAUGAAAACACAGCUGAAAACCCUUAAUAAAAUCUACUAGAGCCUUUUGAUUAAUUUCUUAUAAACAGUAGAAUACUCCUAAAACGGCCACUAACAUUGACUCCUG